AUGACCAAAGUAACGUAUGGGUGGAUUUUAGCCCCAACCCUUGCAGAUGCCUGCAAAGCAAGAUAUAUUCCAGGAGGCAAGUUGGAGAAGUUAGUCCACCAUCUGGUGCCUGCCCUGCUCUUUGGAGAUGCCUCCUUUAUCCCCGUAUCUCUGGGGACCUACCAGAAUUUUUCGACUCCCCACCAAGUAUUGAGCCUACUGUUCAAUCGAUACGGCUCUUUUGCUGUCUGUCACGAUGAGGGGGCAGGAGCGCAGGAGCAGCUUCAACACGCCUUCUCAUUCAUCCUGGGUUCCUGGAUGAAGGAGUACCCAGAAGAUUUUCCUCAAGCACAGGAUGCGACUUGCUUGAAUCAGCUAGUCAAAUACCUGCACCACAAUAUUCCUGGGUCCCUGGAGGAGCGUCAGGCCCGCCGUCUGCUCACCCAGCUGGAGCACAUGCAUGCCAAGCAGCCUGAGCUGGAGGGUGAGUAUAUGGGCUGGACAGGAGACAACCGCUGUGAGAUUCUGAGUUCUGUCCACUUGAAGAAAGCUUAA